CCGGCGUGUGUAAAGACGGCCAUAUUGUUUUAGGAAAAGUGCGUGGCGAGGAACGUAGUGCAGACUUGUUCUCAAAUAAAUAUAGCAAUGUCUGCAACUAAGGCGACAGGAAAAAGUCCUGCACCAACCAGAAGUGAGAAGACACCAGACAAGAAGGCACAAACGACUCCAAAUUCAAAUAGGUCGGGGGGAGCGGGAGAUCAGAGAGGCAGAGAGCACCGAAAUCAGAACAAUAGACGAGACUCGGACAGAUUUGGAAACCGACAUGACAAAAGAGACAGCAGAGAUAGAGAAGGAAGUCAAAAUAAAGAUGGUUCAUCCCAGCCAGCAGAAAAGAAGUUGUUUACUGGAAGAUGUCGGCUCUUUGUUGGAAAUCUCCCCAAUGAUAUUGAAGAGUCAGAUUUCAAGAAAUUGUUUGAACCGUACGGCCAGAGCUCCGAAGUUUUUCUCAAUAAGCAGAAGGGUUUUGGCUUUAUAAGAUUGGACACCAGACCAAAUGCAGAAGCUGCAAAGAGUGCCCUAGAUGGAACCCUGCGUAAGGGGCGCAUGCUCAGGGUGCGUUUUGCCACACAUGGUGCAGCAUUGAGGGUGAAACACCUCCCAGCCCACGCGUCCAAUGAGCUCCUGGAACAAGCUUUCUCUGUCUUUGGGUCAGUAGAGCGUGCUGUGGUGAUUGUUGAUGAUCGAGGCCGUGCCACUGGGGAGGGGAUUGUGGAAUUUGCUAGAAAACCAGGAGCACAGACUGCACUAAACAGGAUCAAUGAUGGAGUCUUUCUCCUGGCCAAAUCUCCUCGCCCCAUCAUUGUUGAACUGUUAGAGCAGCAUGAUGAAGACGAUGGAAUGCCUGAGAGAUAUGUACAGAAAAAUGCCAUCUAUCAAAAGGAAAGGGAGGUUGAACCAAGGUUUGCACAGCCAGGCUCCUUUGAGUUCGAGUUUGGUCAGCGCUGGAAACAACUGUAUGAGAUGGAGAAGCAGCAGAAGGAACAGCUGAAGAAGCAGCUAGAAGAUCUGUGGGAGAAACUAGACAUGGAGAUGGACAAUGCUAUGCAUGAGCAGGAGGCUCUGAUGCUCAGACAAGAUUUGAUGCGUAGACAAGAAGAGCUAAGGCGCCUGGAGGAGAUGAGGGCGCAGGAACAGGAACGCAGAAUGCAGCAGUUGGAAAUGAGGCGCCAGAACGAGUUCAGAAAUGAGAGAAAUGAUUUCUUCAACAAUGAGGGUGGCUUCAGGAACCAGGGCAACAUGCAGCAGUUUGGCAACAGGCGUCCUGAUGAUGAAAGGAUGAGGCAAGAGGAACAGAGAAGACGCGAAGAAAUGAUGAUGAGACAACAGCAAGAGGAAAUCAUGAGACGCAGACAGCUGGAGCAGCAAGAGAGUGCUAUGCGGGAGAUGCAGGGUGGUGGCAGCGGUGGGGGUGGUGGACCAGGUGGACCCCGGGGUAAUGCACCUCCCAUGCAGCCACCCCCGGCCCCGCCAGCUGGACUGGGACUAGAGAGACAACAGAGAUCUCAGAUGGGUAACCAAGGCAACAUGGAGAGGAGUGGAGGUGCUGGCAAUGCUAACGGCCAGGGUGGUGGCCCUGGGGGCCCCGGGGGUCCCGGAGGCUUUGGAAACCAAGGAGGCAUGGGGGGCCAGGGGGGUAACCUGAACAGCCAGGCCCAGGCUCUGAUGGGACAGAUAGCACAAAUGUCACGCCAGUCGCGCUUUGAUCAGCCUCCAUCUGGGGGCCCCAAUUUCGGUGGGAUGGGCAAUCAGGGCAACAUGGGUGGCCCUGGGGGGAUGGGCGGUCCCGGGGGGAUGGGCAACCUGGGAGGUGCUGGAGGCAACAUGGGGAACAUGCCUGGCAACAUGAUGGGGAUGGGCAACAUGGGAAUGGGGGGUAACAUGGGGGGUGGCCCUGGAGGGAUGGGAGGGGGUGGCGGGAUGGGGAACCAAGGGGGGAACAUGAGGAAUGAGCGUGGUAUGAUGGAACGUGACAGGAGAGACCGACCAGAUGGACCACCCUUUGAAGGCAAGAGAGCACGCCGAUUCUAA